GCCUGGCACCGCCCCCGCGGCGGGUCCCCACAGGGAGGGGCCGGAGCGGCCGCCGCCGCCGGUGCCCGGGCUGAGUCAGCGCCCCCUCCCCGCCCCUCCCGCCGAAGAUGAACAUCAUGGACUUCAACGUGAAGAAGCUGGCGGCCGACGCGGGCACCUUCCUUAGCCGUGCCGUGCAGUUCACAGAAGAAAAGCUUGGUCAAGCAGAGAAGACUGAACUGGAUGCUCACCUGGAGAACCUUCUCAGCAAAGCAGAAUGCACUAAACUGUGGACAGAAAAAAUAAUGAAACAAACAGAAGUCUUAUUGCAGCCAAAUCCAAAUGCCAGAAUAGAAGAAUUUGUCUACGAGAAGCUGGACCGCAAAGCACCAAGUCGCAUGAAUAAUCCAGAGUUACUAGGCCAGUAUAUGAUUGAUGCUGGGAAUGAAUUUGGCCCAGGAACAGCCUAUGGAAAUGCUCUCAUUAAAUGUGGAGAAACACAAAAGCGAAUCGGGACAGCAGACAGAGAACUAAUUCAGACUUCUGCUAUAAACUUUCUCACUCCCCUAAGAAACUUUAUUGAAGGAGACUACAAAACUAUUACUAAAGAACGUAAACUGUUACAAAAUAAAAGACUAGAUUUGGAUGCAGCAAAAACCAGAUUGAAGAAGGCAAAAGUUGCAGAAGCUCGAGCUGCAUCUGAACAGGAAGUACGGAUUACUCAGAGCGAAUUUGACCGUCAAGCAGAGAUUACCAGACUUCUGCUGGAAGGAAUCAGUAGCACACAUGCACAUCAUCUUCGCUGUCUGAAUGAUUUUGUUGAAGCUCAGAUGACCUAUUAUGCACAAUGCUACCAAUAUAUGUUGGAUCUCCAGAAACAACUUGGAAGCUUUCCAUCUACUUUCCUCUCUAACAAUAAUCAGUCUUCCUCAACUCCUGUGCAGAGUGUUUCUACUCCUUCAGUCUUGGCCUCAGCCUCUGCUUCAUUGCCUUCAGUGAGCAAUUCAAUAGUUACUUCAGGCAUCAGUGAACUGAAGUCAUCAAGCGGCAACAGGAAAGCUAGAGUUCUCUAUGAUUACGAUGCUGCAAACAGCAGUGAAUUAUCACUACUUGCAGAUGAGGUGAUAACAGUGUACAGUAUCCCUGGCAUGGAUUCAGACUGGCUGAUGGGUGAAAGGGGAAAUCAGAAAGGCAAAGUGCCUAUUACUUAUUUAGAACUGCUAAACUAGAUGGUUGGCCUGAAUAAAGACUGUCAAUUAUGGUGACACCAUAUUUAUAUACAAUUAAUGUUAUGUAAGCAGGUUUAAGUGUCUUCCAUGUUAUUGGCUUGAGGGACAGAUACCAGCCAUUACAAACUGGCUUUUCUGCCAGCACAGUUGCAUGGUAAAUACUCUAUUCAAACUAAAUGUGUUUAAAGCUUUUACUUCAUGUGCCAAGAACAUGUUUCCUACAGAUUUGUUUCUACUGAAGUUUUCACUAAUACAAGCUUCUACUUUUGAGUAAUCUAGAUUGAAAGCAGGAGGUACUGUUUUCUACUGAAAUUUUUCAUUAAUGGCAAAGCUUUUCUUCACAUAAAAUAAAAUUAUUGUGAACCAA